UUGGGUGGAAGUCAGGAUGAAGUUAUAGAGCUUUACAUGAAGGAGGCAGGGCUUUAGAGCACUAAGUCACGUACAUGUCUUCCCAAAAGACAAUAGCAAGUAUGUGUAUGCUGAUUUCUAAGGGACAUUUUGGGCAUAUUUUCUGUGCAUUUUCAUGUCUCUGUGAAAGAUAGAACCCACCCACAUAUUUUCACUGUCCUUCUGUCACACACCUGUAGCUUUAUUUAAACUAUACGCAGCGAGAGAGGAAACAUGUAACCGUGGUAUCUGUGACCGGAAUACCAAAAUAUGAGCACAUGGGAAAAAAUAAAUGUCUUCUACCAGACUUUUAAUCAAACUCAACACGGGACAAUAGAAGCGUCAAAACAUGACGGACAAAGUACAUGAAGAAGUCGGCUGGCACUGGCCCAGAUGAAAUCAUGGAGUCCAUCUAUGAAGACCCAGAUUCAUUAAUGGGUGCUGUUGCAGAUGGAGGCCAGUCACCAGACCAGAUGGAGGUUAAAGUCAAGCCGGUACCUCUUCCAAGGAUUAAAUCACAACAUCAGCCUAACAGCAACAACAACACUGCAGACACUUUAAAUAAAACACACAGCACAAUCAAUGCUGCAGGUUCCCAAAGUAAGAGACAGUCCAUGCCUCGCCCAGUUCUUCCGCCUCCCAGACCACCAGUGAACAAACAUGUUAACCCAGCUGCAGUGGUCAGGGGGAACAGUGAUUAUUCUAAAUCAAUUACUGAGACAACUGCAAUGCUUCGGGAUCUCCGUCUUGAGAAAAAACCUCCUCCUCUCCCUCUUCGACCAAAGCUCCCCCCUACUUCUCCUAUGUUAUAUACUGAUCGAGCACCUUCUGCAAAGAGUCUAACAUCAGAGAGCGGCACUGGGACAGCGCAGCAGCGUUCCUCUGUCAGCUUCAUGAGCCAAGGGCCUAUCUCACCAGCAGGAGCGCUCAGUUCCUAUUCAAAUUACCAAGAACAGGCUACAGACAGAUCAAGCAGAGAUGGGUUUGCACAACCUCAAUACCAACCUUCCUCAAUCUACCGCAGUACUUCUACGACUCAGUUGUCUUCACAGACCAGAAGAUCACCUCCUUCAUUCAGUCCACCAUCCCCUCCUUCAGAGCCCAACAACUACAGCUUGAGAGAGUUUCCUUCCUACUUGGACAUUAUCCCAAAUGAAGCAGAUGUGACGACACCGAUGAUGUCAACACAUCAGUCUGAUCCUGACUACAACUCCGUAUAUCAGCUUUCCACAGACCUUCGGGAUCUCCGUCUUGAGAAAAAACCUCCUCCUCUCCCUCUUCGACCAAAGCUCCCCCCUACUUCUCCUAUGUUAUAUACUGAUCGAGCACCUUCUGCAAAGAGUCUAACAUCAGAGAGCGGCACUGGGACAGCACAGCAGCGUUCCUCUGUCAGCUUCAUGAGCCAAGGGCCUGUCUCACCAGCAGGAGCACUCAGUUCCUAUUCAAAUUACCAAGCACAGGCUACAGACAGAUCAAGCAGAGAUGGGUUUGCACAACCUCAAUACCAACCUUCCUCAAUCUACCGCAGUACUUCUACGACUCAGUUGUCUUCACAGACCAGAAGAUCACCUCCUUCAUUCAGUCCACCCUCCCCUCCUUCAGAGCCCAACAACUACAGCUUGAGAGAGUUUCCUUCCUACUUGGACAUUAUCCCAAAUGAAGCAGAUGUGACGACACCGAUGAUGUCGACACAUCAGUCUGAUCCUGACUACAACUCCGUAUAUCAGCUUUCCACAGACGACAUCACUGCGCUACUGACAUGGCUGAAAAGAGUGUGUAGAGAACCUGACGUCAUGGCUCCAUCAUUGUUUGGGCUUGAUACAGAGGAAGAAAUCAGAUCCUUUAAUAAGAGAGCCAUGAACAUUAGAAUAGCCCGCCGUCUCUACAAUCUUCUAAUGAUGAAACGCAGAGACAGCCUGCAGAACAGCAUAAAAGAGUUCCAGUCCAUCUCUGAAAAGCUGGAGAAGGUGAAGAAGACCAGUAAAAACAUGGGGAUUGCUGGAGGCACCACAGGUGCUGUGGGAGGAGUGGCUGCAGUGGUUGGCAUCGCCUUGGCUCCAGUGACUAUGGGCACCUCACUGAUUGCUACAGCUGCCGGUGCUGGUAUGGUGGCAUCUGCCGGAGGUUUUGGCAUCCAUGCUGCUAAAGCCAACAAGAAGUCUGUGAACAGGACAACAGUGGAGAAAAUAGCAAAUGACUAUAAGUCAGAUGUUGCUGACAUUGAACUCUGUCUGCAGUUUAUCCUCUCGGGGAUGAAUGAGCUGCGAAGACACAACACUGUCAAGUUACAAAGUGCAGGAGCUCACCCAGAUGCACUGAGGAUGGCAGAUCUGUCGCAUGCUGUGUUCAGGAACCUGAACAACAGUAAAGGGAUGUCGCUAAUCCACCCAGGUGGAGUGACAUCUGGAAGCCUGCUUAAAGCUUUCGCUACUGAAAUAGAUGAGUAUUUCACAGAAAAAAAUAAUCAGAAACUAAAAAAGUCUAACAAGAGCAAGUUUGCAGGUAGAAUUUCCAGUUUGGCCAAAGCCCUGCAGGAGGAGCUUAAUUAUCUGAUUCAAAUGUGGGAAAUGCUGUGCUGAAUAAAAGAGGAAAUAUAUGCAUGUAGCUAUAUAUGUUUAUUUGUAUGAGUGUGUAAGAAUUUUACUUUGUGACAACUGCAUUAUUUAAUUUAGGAUUAAUGAAACAUAAGCAAUUAUGUAAAUGUUGUGUAAUUGUAAAAGUUACUCAUGUUUGAUGUUAAAUUAUUUUGUAUAAAUAAACACUUAUGUAAUAACUGUGAAAAGUCUAGUACCACUUCUUUUUUACACAG